AGGCAACUCUACAACAAGUUCUGAUUGGAAGUCCAAAAAUACUAGACUGCUGGAAUUGCGGGCGCCUAGGUAGGGUAGAUCAAAGUAAGAAGGUGACGAAGGUUACACGCUUAUACAAGGCUACGGCUAAACACUACGCAGAAAAUACUCCUAAAGGUAUUCAUUUCACUUCAUUUCGUUUCAGAUCACCAGAAGGUGGCGAAGGUUUAAACAGAUUUACGCGUCUACAAGUUAAGGGUGGCAGGGGUGGCACAUUUGUAUUUAUUAUUCGCAUCAGAGAUCAGACGGCAAAUCUGCCAAUGUCCACAUGAUAAAGCGAUGUACACUGUCAGCGGAUUUGCUGCAAAGCUAAUAGGAAAUGAUCGAGGGAGCGAGUGAAAUUCGCACCCAUAACAAAAAGUGAAACCCAUUUAUUUAAAAACUGAGAAACAAAUAUGUACUUAACCUUUUAUAACACAUAACACUUAUAACACUUUUGUAUGUGCUUCUCGCUAGAUUUUCAGUACUUUGCUUUCGCCCUUAGCAGUCCUUGAGCCCUGCUCUCCCAUACUUAAGACAUAAUUUGCAUAACUGUCAGUUCUCUUUUCUUCUCCUAGUACAUGCAAGAGUUAAACAUAGGCAAUCACUGAAUGUGGCACUUCCGGAGAAAAAUUAUAUCCAUGAUAAAAGGCUUCUCGCCACUGUGCGAGAACAACCAAGACAUAGCUCUCUUUCAUCGGUCAGGAGUUUGCAUGUUGUAGAAGCGACGUUUAAUUCAGUUUAGUUAAUUUAAUUUAUUGAUACAUCUCUAACACACUCGGCUAUCUUCAAAUGAUGUCUGUGAGGGAUGACAGUUAAAUGAGAUCUUGACGCGUGAAACACACCAACAACCAAACGUACCUGAAGAUGACCUGUCAGCAGACGCCUUGUACGGCAGGUGUUCCAAACAUUUGUUGUAGUCAAGAUAUAGUCCAUAUGAACUCCCAAUCACACGUAUAAAGUAUAAUGAAUAUUUACCGGGGAUUCAGGCUAACACUGCUGAAAGUAAGGAGAGGACUGGUUGAGGCUUGGAUGUAGAGGCUUAAAUUAGUAGAAAUUGCCAUAUAAGGACAAGAAUGGACACGGACUUUCUUAAUUAACAAAGUAAAUAUGUCAGAGGAACAGGUCGGCAACAACCGUAAUCACAUUGAUGAAGCAAUUGAAAAUCACAACAACGAUGAUGAAAAAUACUGCAGUUGUUUUAAACAGAACUACUUCAUUCCAAAGGUGUUUUAUUUCUUUUACUUUGCUGGACUUGGUGCCGUGGUACCGUAUCUACCUUUGUUUUAUAAACAACUUGGUCUUCCAGCUAAAAAGGCGGGGAUAAUAUCUGGUACUCAGCCUUUUAUAUCAUUUUUAUUUACCCCGCUGUGGGGUGCUUUUGCUGACAGGUUCAAAAAGGGAAAGUUGGUGUUUAUCAUUUCUUUUAUGGCCAUGGUAGCUGUGGGAAUAGCGUUUUUGUUGACCCCAAUGCAGCCUUGUGAGGACGAUCUAGGCGGAGAAAGUCGACGCGAAAUGACGAUAACGCGGAAUCGCUCUUUUGUUGCCAAGAUUUCUCAAAUAAUGGCAGAAUCACAAGAACUCGAUCGUUGGCCAAUGGAAAUGGCGGACAAGAUGAAUUUACAAACAUUGCAGAGUAAGCAACAUCGCCAUGAAGGUGAAUUCAACGUAUUUUUGUUCUUGCUGCUCGUGAGUUUGUUCGGUACACUUUUCUCGUGCCCAGGCCUUGCUCUUGGUGACGCCGCUGCUGUUUGCUUAUUACGAAGGAACAAUGACGUGCACAAAUAUGGCAAACAAAAGAGGUGGGCCUCCACAGGUUGGGGCGUGGCGGCUCUUACUUUUGGAGCCAUUAUAAGUGACCAAUACCUGUGUCCUUUUGUACCAGGACAAAAAAGAAAAAUCAACUACAGCCUGUGUUUUUAUGGCUCCAUCACGUUGAAGCUUUUAGCCCUCUUCUCGGGUCUUCGUCUAGAUUUUGAUAUGAAUGGGAAGAAAGAUAACAGCACAGGCAAUGAGAAACAAAGUGGAGUUAAAGCAGCAAUCAGAGCAAUAAGUCGACCAAGUUAUGUUGCAUUUUUUCUGGUCGUUCUUUACAGUGGAAUGACGUUUGGCAUGAUCUUGGGAUUCCUUUUUUGGCACCUGGAAGACUUUUCAGCUCCUCAGAUAAUUUUCAGCAUAAUACCACUGGUGCGAUCUAUCGCAGAUGUAGUGGUGUACACUGUAUCACCUUACUUAAUACCUAAAAUAGGUGUUCUUAAUCUCAUCUAUCUCGUUCUGGUGGGUUACGUCACGAGAUUGGCCUGUUACGUUUUUAUUACCAAUACCUGGUGUUUCCUCUUUCUUGAAAUACUGUCAGGCCUGACAUCUGCGGGAGGCUGGGCAGGAUUUGUCGCGUUUAUUGCUUAUAAUUCUGUGGAGGGAGCUCCUGCUACAUUACAAGGAAUGCUUCAUGGCGUAUACCACGGUAUAGGUCACGGACUGGGGCGAGUAGUUGGAGGCUUUCUGUUCAGUACUUUAGGAGCUCAAGCCACGUUUAUCAUAUUUGGUUGCCUUGGGAUAACGAUGUUGAUAAUGUUUGCGGCAGUCAAUAAAAUAUUUCAGGAUGUUAGGAAAAAAUAA